ACACGUGAGUCUCGCACUUACGCACGCGCGCCCUCCCUCCACCCUCAAACCUCCCCUCGCGCAUCCCCAGGCCCUUGGCCUUCCUCCCCAGCAUUGGCCUCUGGAGCGCGCUCCCUCCACAUCCCGGGGCCAGGGCUGACCGGCGCUGGGUGGAGAGGGUCCUGGGCUGCUUCUUUAAGGCCCUGGUCCCCGCCUCCUUCUUGCCUCCCUCCCUCUUUCUCUUCUCCUCCUCCUCUCCCCUAACUUCCCAGACAAGCCGGCAGGGUGUGCGCCUAGAGAGCAGACCGAGCAGGUGCCAGAGGCGAGACCUUCACUUGUCGCGGCUCCGCCUGAGGUGCCUGCCUCGACGUCGGCUUAGUAGCUAGCCCUGUCGGGAGGAGGACUGGAGCAGCUGCCUUACCUCUCCUAGUUGUGCCCCCGCCCCCUUCUCCCCAGGGUCAGAGCCAAACAGGAGCCGCUCCCCAUCUUCCCGGGAUCAAAGCCGGAGCUCGCUAGCCCGCCUGCCCGCUCGCUUUCGGCAGCCAGAGAGCUGCAGGCUAGUACCAUGUCGGUGGCUACCGGCAGCAGCGAGCCGGCCAGUGGCGCAGGGGGCGGGGGCAGUCGGGUUUUCUUCCAGAGCCCGAGGGCUGGCGCAGGCGGCGGGUCGGGCUCCAGCUCCAGCGCUGGCUCCGGCUCCAGCACAGGGUCUGGUUCCUCCCGGGAAGAUUCUGCUUCGACAGUUGUGCCUGCUGUGGCCGGGCAGGUUCAGCAGCAGCAGCGGCGCCAUCAGCAGGGGAAAGUGACCGUGAAAUAUGAUCGGAAGGAGCUGCGGAAAAGGCUAGUGUUGGAGGAGUGGAUCGUGGAACAGCUGGGGCAGCUGUACGGCUGCGAGGAAGAAGAGAUGCCAGAGGUUGAAAUUGACAUUGAUGAUCUCCUUGACGCAGACAGUGAAGAGGAGAGAGCUCUCAAAUUACAGGAAGCUCUUGUAGACUGCUACAAACCAACAGAGGAAUUUAUCAAAGAACUGCUAUCUCGGAUAAGAGGCAUGAGGAAACUGAGUCCCCCCCAAAAGAAGAGUAUAUAAUUUUUUGCAUGGAGAGUAGAAUUCUCUCCAAGGGACACAGAAAGGGAAAUGGAAUUUUGACCACAAGAAGACGCUUAUUUAAAAGAAAAAAUAGUUGUCUUUCUGAGCAACUUUUCUUUUUCUUCUGUUAGACAUUUUAUCCAUGGAUGUUUCUUAUUUGUUUUUAUGGAUUUUUUUUAGAUUUUUUUUUAAUCAAAGCUAUCAAUGCUUUGGAUGCAGCACAACUGUCAAUGGAGGAUUAUCCAACCAGAUGGAAGAGCCCAGGGAUUUGAUGGAGGCCUCUUGGUAGCUGACAUGGGCAGCCCUAUCUUAUGUGGCAAAUGGGAGGGUCUUUAUAACCUUAUAGAGCAGGGAGAAUGGCUUUCUUAUAGAUAGUUUGGUAAUAUUUUCCCCCUCAAUUGUAUAUUUGACUCAUAGACGUCCAAUUUCUUGUCCUUGUAUAUACACAAUUAUGUUACACUGUGGAUGUGAGUAUUAUUUCCUGUGGAUGGAAUCGAUGUUUGGUCUUCCUUUAACUGGAGACCACAGCACAUGUGUUUUUGAGGGGCAACUUCACAUUCUUAAUGCAGGUGCUGAGAUUUUAAAAAAAUUCACUUUAUGCACCAAAGUGAAGACAUUAAAUGUAUCGGUUCUUUCAGGAAGCUACACUUAAAGUUUUGGUUGUUACCGUUUUCAAGGGCGUAACUUAUGGAUGGACUUCAUAUUGUCUUAUUUAUCCUGAUGCUUUGCCAGGCCUCUUCCUCACUGCCUCAUUCAUAAUAAUUUGGAAUCAUGUUAACCCUUUGUUUGAAGCUCUGAUAGGAACUCUAUAGAGAAAUGCCAGCACUGUCUGAACAGUGUUUUACCACAGAAAAGGAAAGCACCGUGUAGCAUUUAAUUCUCUGCUUUCGACCAAAUACAGUGUGUUGUCUCUCCUAUUAAAACAGGUCAAAAGCAAGCAAGCAUGUUAGAGCUCUAUCUCUGGCUUUCUGGGUGCUUCUGGGUCUGGGGCAGCACUAGAGCUCCCAUAGGGAAGACACAAUUCGAAUGUCCCAUUGAGCUGUUGGGAGGCAGGGAAGCCUCAACCGUCUUUGAUGACCGAAUUCUAGGAAGCCUUGAUGUCAGAACAUGCUCCAAAUAGUAUUGGCACUUCCUGACCCACUAUGUAGUGUGUGGGUAAGGGUAUAGCAGUUUCACAGGAUCAUAGGGAAAAACUGGGCAAAGCUAAGGUGCCCAUUUCUUUACCCUUUCUCCUACUUUGGGGCUGGUCCUGAGGAAGCAACUGUCCUUUCUUCAAUAGUAUAUUCCUGCUCCUUGUGAGAUGAUUAAAAUAGGUUUGCAGUAACGGCAUGGCUAUCUGACCAUGUUUGGAAAAGAAAGGGGGGGAGUGAAGAGAACACUUCAGGUAGACCUUUGGCUCCUUUGGGUGGUAUUCUUUAUCUGCUAUGUGAUGUUCAUAAGUGACCGUGUAAAAGAAGACAGUAGUCAGGCAUUUUAUAUCAAGGGUGCUCUGAACAUAUUUUAUUUUUAAAAAGAAAUAUGUUUGUGAAUUUUCUGUAUACUGGCAAGCUUUUUAAAAUGUAUUUAAUUUUGUAAUGUUUACCAAUGAUUUAUUUACAAGAUAUUUACUCAAAUAAAUGGAACAACUUACAACUCUUGUUACAUGUAAGCCUUGUCAAACUA